AUGGAGAGGAGAUCAGUACAGAGGAGGCCAGAGGCAGAUGACAGUACAUCGAGGGUUAAGGAGAGCAAGCUUACCCCAUUUGUCCCAGAUGUGGCCGGAGGCAUCCAGGUGAAUGUAGGAUGGGUGAGAACGUCUGUUAUUGUUGUGGGAAACCCAGUCAUAGGUCUUGGUCAUGUCAGCGACCGCCAGCGCAAGCACCAGUUCGUAAACCGUUCCAGGGCUAAGUAUGCAUCUGAACUCUUGUCUCGAGCCGGAUUCACUGAUUGCAAGACUAUUGACACUCCAGUUGAACUUAAUGCACAUCUGACUCCCUCAUGGGGGAAACCAUUGUAUAAUCCCUCUCUUUACAAACACUUAGUUGGCAGCCUAGUUUAUCUCACUAUCACCUAUCCAGACAUCUCCUAUGAUAUUCACCAGAUGAGCCAGUAUCUGUCUGCUCCACAUUCGACUCACUAUGCUACUGUUUUGCGAUAUCUGAAGGGCACUCUCUUCUAUGGCCUUUUCUACUCUACUCAGUCUUCGCUUGUUCUUCUUACAUUCUCUGAUGUUGAUUGGGCAGGAGAUCCCACUGAUCGUAGGUCCACCACUGGUUAUUGUUUUCUUCUUGGUACUUCUCUAAUUUCUUGGCGAAGUAAGAAACAAACCCUUAUGGCCCGCUCUAGUACUAAAGCAAAAUAUCGUGCCCUUGCUGAUACCACAUCUGAGCUCCUUUGGCUACGAUGGCUCUGA